AUGCCUGCAGCUGAACCUCCGGGCUUCAAUGCGGUUUCGAUGUCCACUGAGAUGCCCCGGAUGGGGGGACCGGAAGGCAGUGCGGGCAAUGACGCAGCGUCUCAGAACCGUUUGGUGCAGAUGCUGCAGACUGCUGCGCACCCCGUCACCUGCGUUUUUCAUGCUGCUUUCAAGAUUGUAGUUAUUCUGAUCUACAUAUAUGGCCGAUACAUCCACAGCGCCUAUGUCUCCACCUUCAUCUUGUGCACGAUUUUCGCUGCGCUAGAUUUCUGGACGGUGAAGAACAUUUCCGGCCGUCUUCUCGUAGGCUUGCGAUGGUGGAAUUUGGUGAAGGAUGAUGGCUCUUCCGAGUGGGUCUUCGAGUCGAACCCAGAUGAAGGUAACUUGAAUGCCACGGAUCGGACCAUCUUUUGGGGCGUUACCUACAUAUGGCCUUUGCUGUGGGCAGUGUUUCUUUUCAUGAACAUCCUGAACUUCAGUUUGGACUGGGUGCUUUUGAACAUCAUGAUCUUCAUCUUUGCUGGUACAAACCUGGCUGGGUACUGGAAGUGCUCGACAGAUGCAAAGAAGCGGGCGCAGCAGUGGGUGGAGAGUCAAGGAAUGAGGGCUGUCGCCGGAGCAAUGGGCUUCGCCUGA